CUCCUGUCCUGUUAAAAUCCUAAAACAUGAGCAUUCACACAUAAACCUCUAGAGAAUGCUUCAGCCUUGAGACGAGAGUUAUACACACAAGAGCAGGUGCCAUGGCAAUGAAAGACGAUGCUGCCAAAGCGGGCCUCUCCAAUGGCAUCAGCCAAGCCAAGGACCAGACGCCCUCUUUGGAGGAGAAGAUGGAGGAACGGGGCCAGUGGAGCAACAAGAUAGAGUUUAUUCUGUCAGUCGCCGGCUCCAUCAUCGGCCUGGGCAACAUGUGGCGCUUCCCGUACCUCUGCUACAAAAAUGGAGGAGGUGCGUUCCUCAUCCCCUACAUGAUCUUCCUGUUCACCUGUGGUGUUCCCGUCUUCUUCCUGGAGACAGCCCUGGGCCAGUACACCAGCGAGGGAGGCAUUACCUGCUGGAGAAAAAUCAGUCCCCUGUUUGAAGGUCUUGGCUAUGGCACCCAGGUGAUCGUGACUCUGUUGAACUUCUACUACAUCAUUGUUCUGGCCUGGGGGAUUUUCUACCUGUACUUCUCCUUCUCCUCGGACCUGGCCUGGUCGUCCUGUAACAACACAUGGAACACAGAAAACUGCAUGGAGUUUCAGAGGAGAAACACCUCAAUCAACCAAACGAUGCACCUAAACGCCACCUCUCCUGUCAUCGAGUUCUGGGAGAGAAGAGCACUAAGGAUUUCCCCAGGCCUUGACCACAUGGGCUCUUUGAACUGGGACCUGGCCCUGUGUCUGUUCAUCGCCUGGGUCAUGUGCUACUUCUGCAUCUGGAAGGGGGUGAAAUCCACUGGAAAGGUGGUCUACUUCACUGCGACCUUCCCCUAUCUGAUGCUAAUUGUGCUGUUGGUCAGAGGGCUCACGCUGCCUGGAGCUGGGAUUGGAAUCCAGUUCUACCUUUAUCCAGACCUGGGACGACUGGCAGACCCACAGGUGUGGAUGGAUGCUGGCACCCAGAUCUUCUUCUCCUAUGCCAUUUGUUUAGGGUCGCUGACUGCUCUGGGAAGCUACAACAAAUACAACAAUAACUGUUACAGAGAUUGCCUGGCGUUGUGCUUUCUGAACAGUGGCACCAGUUUUGUGGCAGGCUUUGCAAUCUUCUCCAUCCUGGGUUUCAUGUCAUUUGAACAGAAUGUUCCCAUUUCAGAGGUGGCAGAAUCUGGUCCUGGCCUGGCCUUCAUAGCUUACCCCCGAGCUGUGAGCAUGAUGCCUUUCUCUCCUCUGUGGGCCGCCCUCUUCUUCAUCAUGAUUGUUUUUCUGGGGCUUGACAGCCAGUUUGUGUGUGUCGAGAGCCUUGUGACUGCGAUAGUCGACAUGUACCCUGCUGUGUUCAGACGUAAAAACCGCAGGGAGCUCUUCCUGUUAGGUGUGGUCUUCUUCUCCUUCUUCAUGGGCCUCAUCAUGCUGAUGGAGGGAGGCAUGUAUGUUUUCCAGCUCUUUGAUUACUACGCAGCCAGUGGCAUGUGUCUUCUCUUCAUGUCCAUCUUUGAGACUGUCUGCAUUGCAUGGGUCUAUGGUGCAGAUCGCUUUUAUGAUAACAUUGAGGACAUGAUCGGCUACCGCCCAGGACCUUACAUCAAAUACUGUUGGUUGUUCUUCACCCCAGCCACAUGCAUUGGUACCUUUGCCUUCUCUCUCAUCAAAUAUACCCCUCUAAAGUACAACAAUGAGUAUGUGUACCCGUGGUGGGGCUAUGUCAUUGGCUGGCUGCUCGCUCUUUCCUCCAUGGUCUGUAUUCCGCUUUGGAUGGUGUACAAGAUCAGCACCACCCAAGGGACUUUCAGAGAGCGCAUCCAGUUGCUUAUCACACCAUCUGACACCUUACCCAAAACCAAGAGGGAGCAGGAAAGGUUACUGGCCAUCUUUGCUCCUGAGGGAGACGUUUCCAUGGCUAGAAAUGGCUACUUACCUGUCUUAGAGACAGACUCCAACUUAUGAGGCCCCAGUGGGGAUGGGAAAGACAUGUGGGUUUUCCAUCCUUGACUCGCUGCACCAUUGCCUUCAUCCUAAAGACACUGCAGGGAAAGAUACAAGAUGUCACAUUGUCUACUUAAAUGCAUAACAGAAUAUGGGAGGACUCAGGAGAUAAUAGGACUACAGUAUGUUUGGCAGUGCCUGUAAAUUUCAGGGAUGGCAGCAAUGUGAUAAAAGAAGGAUAAAGAAAAUAAAAAGUCAUCUAUUGGAUUACUUAGAAGCUUUAGAGGGAACAAAGGUAUUUUUUUCAGGGAUACAAGUUAUUUACGCUACUUAAUCUGACAUCUAUUAAUACAUUGUCAUAUGCUGUUCAGCUCUGCAUUUCACAGAUGAUGUAAAUGAAGUGAUUCAGGGUCAGCUGAAAUCUACUAGUCAGCCUUGUUGUUGAAAAUGUUACAAUGUUAUAAUAGAGGUUAAUGGCAUUUAAAAAAAAUCUCAUUCAAGGGUGUUAAUUGUAGAGACUAACAUACAGGUUACACUAAAAGUUUAAUAAUAAAUCUUAUAGUUUGCAUAAUAAGGAUGACGUUUGUGCAAAUGUAACACUAAGACAGCAAAAUCAGUAUGGAACAGGUUAACCAUUUGUUACCGCUACAUGUAUGUUGUGGUAUGUUACUUUUUAAACUAAAGUAUCAUGUGUAUCUGACGUCACUUCAUGGCUACUUUGCCACAUUUGUAUCAUCUAUUGUAUUAUCAUAAACUGAUUGGGGAAAGUUUUCUUUUGUAUUGACAAGAAAUAAAAAUGUUGUAUUUCACAUGACUAGACCUUGUAGUGAAAGGAUAUAAUAUCAGUGAAAGUUAUAAUACUGUACCACUGCAAAAGUCGUAGAACUAACAUGACAUAUACAAUGUACAAACGUAGUUUCAUAUUUUGAACUGUAACAUUAUGCAACUGUACAAAGAAACUUGUAAGUAUGUUUUUAAAUAAACAUG